CGCGGGGUCCUCGGAAGCAGAAACUCUCCGGAGCCUGCGCUGGCCUCUUUGCGGCGCCCCCCUCCCCCCCGCCUUUAAACGCAGGUCUUGGAAGCGGGUUGCGGACCAGUCUACGUCGCGGGAGCCGAGACGCGGAGAGAAGAUUCCUCAGGGAUGAACCUCGAAUUGCUGGAGUCCUUUGGGCAGAAUUAUCCAGAGGAAGCUGAUGGGACCUUGGAUUGUAUCAGCAUGGCCCUGACCUGCACCUUUAACCGGUGGGGCACGCUGCUGGCGGUUGGCUGCAAUGACGGUCGAAUUGUCAUCUGGGAUUUCUUGACAAGAGGCAUUGCUAAAAUAAUCAGUGCACACAUCCAUCCAGUCUGUUCUCUGUGCUGGAGCCGAGAUGGCCACAAGCUCGUGAGCGCCUCCACGGACAACAUCGUGUCGCAGUGGGAUGUCCUCUCAGGAGACUGUGACCAGAGGUUCCGCUUCCCUUCACCCAUCCUGAAAGUCCAGUAUCAUCCGCGAGACCAGAACAAGGUUCUGGUGUGUCCCAUGAAAUCUGCUCCUGUCAUGUUGACCCUUUCAGAUUCCAGACACGUCGUUCUGCCUGUGGACGAUGACUCCGAUUUGAAUGUGGUUGCGUCUUUUGAUAGGCGAGGGGAAUAUAUCUAUACGGGCAAUGCAAAAGGCAAGAUUUUGGUCCUAAAAACAGAUUCUCAGGAUCUUGUUGCUUCCUUCAGAGUAACAACUGGAACGAGCAAUACCACGGCCAUUAAGUCAAUAGAGUUUGCCCGGAAGGGGAGUUGCUUUUUAAUUAACACAGCCGACCGAAUCAUCAGGGUUUAUGAUGGCAGAGAAAUCUUAACCUGUGGGAGAGAUGGGGAGCCUGAGCCCAUGCAGAAGCUGCAGGAUUUGGUAAACAGGACGCCAUGGAAGAAGUGCUGUUUUUCGGGGGACGGAGAAUACAUAGUGGCAGGCUCCGCCCGGCAGCACGCCUUGUAUAUCUGGGAGAAGAGCAUCGGCAACCUGGUGAAGAUCCUGCAUGGGACCAGAGGGGAGCUGCUCUUGGAUGUCGCUUGGCAUCCUGUCCGACCCAUCAUAGCAUCCAUUUCUAGUGGAGUAGUAUCUAUCUGGGCACAAAAUCAAGUAGAAAAUUGGAGUGCAUUUGCUCCAGAUUUCAAAGAGUUGGAUGAAAAUGUAGAAUAUGAAGAAAGGGAAUCAGAAUUUGAUAUUGAAGAUGAAGAUAAGAGUGAGCCUGAGCAGACAGGGGCAGAUGCUGCUGAGGAUGAAGAAGUGGAUGUCACCAGUGUGGACCCUAUCGCUGCCUUCUGUAGCAGUGAUGAAGAGCUGGAAGAUUCAAAGGCUCUAUUAUAUUUACCCAUUGCCCCUGAGGUAGAAGAUCCAGAAGAAAAUCCUUAUGGCCCUCCGCCAGAUGCGGUCCAAACCUCCCUGAUGGAUGAAGGGGCCAGUUCAGAGAAGAAGAGGCAGUCUUCAGCAGAUGGCUCCCAGCCACCCAAGAAGAAACCCAAAACAACCAAUAUAGAACUUCAAGGAGUACCAAAUGAUGAAGUCCAUCCACUACUGGGUGUGAAGGGGGAUGGCAAAUCCAAGAAGAAGCAAGCAGGCCGGCCUAAAGGAUCAAAAGGUAAAGAGAAAGAUUCUCCAUUUAAACCGAAACUCUACAAAGGGGACAGAGGUUUACCUCUGGAAGGAUCAGCGAAGGGUAAAGUGCAGGCGGAGCUCAGCCAGCCCUUGACAGCAGGGGGAGCAAUCUCAGAACUAUUAUGAAGACGCUUGAUGUUUCCUCGCUCUUCUCUGCUUUGCCAUUGAGUGGCCUUUGGACACCGUGGUCAGUCAUUUGAGUCUGACUCUGAUUUUAAAACAAAGGCCUCUGCGCAGGAGGUGGAAGGAGUGAAUUUUAUGUUUGAAUGAAGAAGUGAAUUAUGGAAGAAGAGUUCACGUCCCUUCCCCUUCAAGCAUAGUCCAAAUCGGCUCUCAGGAAUGAGGAUUUGUGAAGACGUCAUCAAAUAGGAGUUUCGACUCAUUUAGACUCUGAUGCUCAGUUAUCUUGCUGGAGAAAGAUCCCUCUUUUUGCUCAUCAGACUUGAUUAUGCCCAGCAUCAUUUUGGCCUGUCAUUUCCUAUCUCCUGUUUGCUCCCGUCCUCGGUGUAUAUCCUCGAGUGACUGGUUCUUACCUGAAACAUUGCUUCCUGCACCCUCGGACAACUUCUGUUGGUAUUAUUCUUCCGGUUUUAAACUUCCCCUCUCACCAGAUUCCUCCUCUGUAUCUAUAUUGUGUACAAAAGGCGGGCAGAAAAGAAAGCGCCUGGAAGAUUUCAAAUUUUCAGAGAGCUAAGAAAGCCUUCCUUUUCCUGACUAGCCCAGUUUGCUCGAGAGGCCGGGCGGGAGGAGGGCAGGGCUUGUCCUUGUUUUCUUUUCUUUGCAUGUUUCCCUCUGGUGUUGGCCCGUUCCCUCUAAUCAUGGUUUCUGACGAUAGCUGUAGAUCUGUCUCCAGCAAAGAAUCAUCACGACUGCUUGGCCUGUGCUGGCUCCCAGAGCUGGAACCAAGCCAGUGGCUCUCAGCAAGCUUCUUCUUUUCUUUCUUUCUUUU